GACGUUCACUCUCUGUUAGCCGGUGAGGGGGCUGGUGAACGCCAUCUUGUUGGUUGCCGCCGAAAUGUUUUCCUCCGUUGUGCAGUUAGCGCGGACCAACCCUUUCCAUGCUCCCCACUUUCAGUUGGGGCAGGAUUCUGUAACAUCAAGGAACAGCAAUAUCCCCCAAGCGAAGCCAACCCGCCAGCUUUCUGCUGCUGCAGUUGCCGAUGAUGAAUUCAGUUGUGAAUAUGGCUCAGCACAGUUUUAUGCAUAUUGUGGCUUUGGUGGCAUCUUGAGUUGUGGUCUAACCCACACUGCUGUCGUACCACUGGAUUUGGUCAAAUGCCGUCUUCAGGUUGACCCCCAAAAAUACCAGAGCAUCUUCAAAGGCUUUUCCAUUACCAUUAAAGAAGACGGUGUUCGUGGCCUUGCAAAGGGAUGGGCUCCAACUUUCAUUGGAUAUUCGAUGCAAGGCCUGUGCAAGUUUGGUUUCUAUGAAGUGUUCAAGAUACUGUACUCUAACAUGAUGGGCGAGGAAAAUACUUACCUGUGGCGUACAUCUCUUUACCUGGCUGCAUCUGCCAGUGCUGAGUUCUUUGCUGAUAUUGCUCUGGCUCCAAUGGAAGCUGCAAAAGUCCGCAUUCAGACACAACCAGGCUAUGCUAAUACUUUAAGGCAAGCUGCUCCCAAAAUGUUUGCUGAAGAAGGCCUCUGGGCGUUUUACAAAGGUGUUGCUCCUCUCUGGAUGAGGCAGAUUCCAUACACAAUGAUGAAAUUUGCUUGCUUUGAACGAACCGUUGAAGCACUCUACAAGUAUGUUGUGCCCAAGCCCAGAAGUGAAUGUUCAAAGUCUGAGCAGUUGGUUGUCACUUUUGUGGCUGGAUACAUUGCUGGUGUCUUCUGUGCUAUUGUCUCACAUCCUGCUGAUUCUGUGGUCUCUGUACUGAACAAGGAAAAGGGAAGCACUGCUGUGGAAGUUCUAAAGAGACUUGGGCCUAAAGGUGUCUGGAAGGGUUUGACUGCCCGUAUUAUCAUGAUUGGUACCUUGACUGCCUUGCAGUGGUUUAUCUAUGACUCUGUGAAGGUUUACUUCAGACUUCCUCGUCCUCCUCCCCCUGAGAUGCCAGAAUCGCUGAAGAAAAAGCUUGGUCUCUCUCAGUAAUCUUGGACUGAAAUCAUGCAAAACUCCCCGACAUUUUCAAGAGGCGUUUUUUUAUAAAUUCAACUAAAUAGGACCUACAGUUGUUUCAGAUGUAAUUAUUGGUUGUGCUCUCACCUUGCCCCAUAGCCCACAUGUUAUAACUUGGUUUUACCGCUGUACUUAUCUGUUGAAAUAAACAGAUGACUGAGUGUUAUGAAUGAAAUAUGUCAUUCAAGUUUUAACUAAUUGAUGGUAAAGAAUGAAUGUACAGAACUAAAUAUCCAUGCAGAAAUACAUUUCCGUAGUAUUUUUGUUCAAAGUGUGGAUGAUUCUGGGAAGUUAUUGUUGAAAAAUUGUUACUCGAGGCAGAAUAUCCUGUAAACACUUUCAAGGUAAAGUCUUGAGCUUAAUCUGUGUGUUGUCUUGGAAAAUAGGCAACUCAGUUCAUUGACAGAACCCUGGAGCUUCAGCCAGAGCAGGCAGGGAUUAACCAUAAAAGCUGAGAGGCACACUAGAAGUGAGGAAAGGUUGAGGAGGUUAGAGCAGGCCCACUGAUUAAAGGAACAGUAACACCAAAAAAUGUAAGUGUUUUAAAGCAAUGAAAAUAUGAUGAUGUGUUGUCCUGCACUGGUAAAACUGAUCUGUUUGCUUCAGAAACACUACUAUAGUUCAUAUAAACAAGCUGCUGUGUAGCAAUGGCAGAAAUUGAAAAAUGGCUAUAUGGCACAGGUUAACUAAUGGACGACAGACAGAGGUUAUCUGCUGUGUAAUCUGAGCCUGUUCUCCAUUGAAUGGCUGCCCUCAUUGCUACACAGAAGCUUAUUUAUAUAAACAAUAGUAGAGUUUCUGAAGCAAACACAGCAGUUUUACCAGUGCAGGGCAACACUGCAUUAUAUUUUCAUUACUUUAAAACACUUAUUUUUUGACGUUACUGUUCCUUUAAGUAUGCUUUUAAUUAUGACUAGAUUACAAAAGUUGUUAAAAAAAAAUAUUUAUAUCUAUAACAUGAGGUUUUUUUUUUGUACCCACUAAAGGCAACAUUUUUCACCAAUCCCAUCACUACUUUAAGUACCAAUACCCAUGCAUGGUGUUUAUAGUACAGGUGUGGGAUCCAGAAAGCUCCGAAAUAAAAGGCUCUCCCAUAGACUCCGUUUAAAAAAAGAAUCCUUUUUCUCUAAUUAAACUGUACCUUGUACUUGUUCCAAACGAAGAUAUAGUUAAUCCUUAUUGGAGGCAAAACCAGCCUAUUGGGUUUAAGUCUGGUUACCUGGAAUAUGAUUGCACUGUUUAUUUUACUUGGAUAGUGUCCUGUCUGAAAAGAUUAACACUCCACAAUGACUAGGUAGAGGUCAUUAAGGUGUCUCAUUUAUUUAUUAAAUCUUAAAUGCAGACUU